AUGCCAUCCUCGCCACAGCGGCUGAAAGAGGUGGAAAAAUGGGGGAAGCCGAAAGAGGAGGAGGAGGAGGCAGUGGUUGUAGAUGGUCAUCGCGCCCUCUCCCCUUCACCAUUGGCACCGCCUGGAGGAGGCAGAUGCAGCAGCAAGAACAUGAGCGAGAGCAACGAUAGUAACAAGAUCAAUCAUGUUACCCAAUGCUACGGCGUCCCUCCACCUCUGGCAGUGCCAGCACCAACCGCCAGCAGCACCAGAAGCUUUGUGUCCGCCUUCUUCCCGACGUACAAAGUGCUCCUUGUCGGGGACUGCGGCGUGGGGAAGAGCAAUCUGCUCUCCCGCUUUGCCUGUAACCACUUUGACAUCCACACGCCGCCCACACUCGGCGUGGAGUUCACCUCGCGCGAGGUGGAGGUGCCAACGGCGCGUGUGGGACAAACGGAGCGCGUUUUGGUGCGGCUCUGGGACACCGCCGGGCAGGAGCGUUGCACAGCUAUCAGCACGGUCUUCUUCCGCAAUGCUGUGGGUGCUGUGUUGGUUUACGACGUGACGCGGGACAGCACGCUGCUACGGCUGCCUAUGUGGGCCGCACACGUGUGGCAGCACGCGUGUGAGGACUGCGUCUGCAUUGUACUGGGCAACAAGACGGACCUGCGCAACCUGCGCGUCGUGAGCGACGAGGAGGCGGACGAAGUUGCUCACGCGUUGGGGAUGCGGCACUUCACCGCCUCUGCGCUCAACGGCGAGGGAGUCACGCACGCCUUUAUGCAGCUAGUGCUGUCGCUCAGCGCGGUGCAGCAGGCGAAGCGACUCGCCGCCGUGGGGACAGGAAAAUCGCCUCCUUUAACACCUUCUGAUGGUGCCGCUGCUGUAUCGUCGGCGUCGGCGCGACGAUUCCCGCUGGUGACGUUUUCCCCACACACCAUUGCGAAGGGGCGACAGAUGGACCUGCGUGGGUUUGGGGAGAGCACAGGCGGGGAUAAUGUGAAGGGCAACACGGUCUCAGGUUGCUGCAUGUGA